AACAAGAAUUUGACGCUUACCUGUGUCUGAUAUUCUAAAGGUUGUCAAAGUGAAUAUCAAAUUAAUAAUGACGACAUUUUUGGUUUUCUUCGAAGUACGUAAUAGGAAUUCAAUGAAUUAUAAUGGCAAUUGAAAUACAUAUCUUCGUUUAAAUCCAAUAUGAAUAAGGCAGGAGCACCUAAGACAAUUGUAGAUAUAUCCCAAUUUUGCAAAAGCACUUUUACUAUAAGUUUUGCAGUUGAAAUACUUGGAAUUGACGUAUGGCAUGACUGUAAUGAAGGCUGGCUGGAUUUAGGGCCAUAUUUGCAAGGGAUGAAGAUACAAUACAAUUUAUAUCCUGGUUUUAGUUAUGACCUGGAUAUACUUAUUUGGCCACAUGCUGCUAAGAUCUGGUGUGGAACACAUUACGGUUGGGUGCGGACUUGGCAGUUCUUGCAACGUCGAUGGUUGUCAUUCUCAAUACGCCACGCGUUUCCUGUAAGAGUCACGGAGCUCCAAACAUACAUAGCUGCAGUCACUCCAAUUCCAGGAAUAGGCGCGCUGGGAUCAAACGCAAAGAACGACAAGAACUCUGAAGUAUACCUUCCCCCUUUGAAAUUUGGGGAACGUAGAUAUUUCGCCGCUGUCACGGAGUCUGAAGAAAGUUUGUCAAAGUUUACACAAGAUUUAAUUUGGAAAGCUGUAGAAAAUUACAUACCUGCAUCGUAUUUAGAUGGAUUGUUCGAUGUGCCAUUCCCUGUAACAGACGUCCGCCAUCAGGAUGCAAUUAUAUAUCACGUAAGAGAAACUAUUCUUAACAAAAAUUUAAUAGAGAAAAAUGAAGAGAUACCAGAACCAGAAGAACCUAAGUCAAGAGACAGACGUGAAUCUAAAAUGGCCAAAGAGAAAGAAAAGAAAAAAGUUAUUGAAGUUACGAAGAAAAAAUUUGAAAUAAAAUUGCUAGGCGAUACUCUCUUAGCAGGUACAGGCAGAAUAAUUCCCUUUGAAAUAUAUGGUGAUAGAGCACCGGAACUCGGAGAAAUUAUAGCCUUAAUUAGCAGCAAUAAUUUACCAGCAGAAGAUGAUUUGCCAAUAUUAUUUGUGAAUAUAGAAACAUUAUAUGACAUUCCAAUUAAAGAUCUUAAAAAACUCAGGAUAACGCAACUCUAUACAAGAUGGACAAUUGCAAACUGGAAACGAGACUCGGAGGUGAAUUUGAUAAAAAAUCAAAAUGAAAUAAAAUUUAAAGAUCAUCACGUUUUACCUUUACAUCGAUCAGUAUCCGCACAAGUCACAGCUACAUUUUUAGAUAAUCCGUUUGAAAUUCAAUUACGAGGAAUACGCACAUUAAAUUUAUCCAGCAAUAACCCAAGACUCUUUGGUUACUUAAAAUAUGACCGUGAUUUUGGGAUAGCCGCUCCACCUAAAUUGCCUAAUGAAGAUACAGAUGUACUUAUAGCGGUUACCAAAAUCGACGGUAGAAGCUUAGCUAAAAGAACUAAUGAAUUUAUAAGUGGAGAGUAUCCUUUGUAUCCACCUACAACGUCAAUUGGGAACUUGGAACGCAAAGAUCUUUGUACGAAUGAUAUUAAUGCUAUCAGAGCACCGAUAAAGACUAACUUGAUUGUCCCAUCGUAUUUAGUUUUGCAAGCACAAAUGACAUUGGGGGUAUCAUUGGGAUUAGUUGGAUGUCGACCUAAAACCCUGGCCUUGAGUUUCUUACGGUUAUUUGCUAUUAUUGUCGAAACAGAAAGUGUUAUGGCAAUGUUAAAAGAAAUAUCCACAAUUAAUGAUGAAUUAAUAGCAACUUCUAAAAAAGAUAUGGCACUAACUGGGUUUGCUCUUGAUGUGGGUGAUGCGAUAAUAUUUUAUUUGGAAGGUCCUACCGAUGGUGAUAUAUUAAAAGUGUGGGAAAUGACACAGAAUCUUUAUCCUAACAUGAAACCAAUAUUUUCUAGUUCGGCUAAAUAUUCGACUAGAAUUUAUCCAGAAUUCCUGGAAGCUGCCAUGCCAUUUAGUAUUCUCAAAAUGUAUGUACCCUUGGCAGUACUUUUGGCUUACCCGCCUGUAUAUGUUCGCCCAGCUCUUCCAAUACCUACUAGAUCUGCUAUUCUGAAAAUAGGACGUAUAGUAUCCGGUAAAUUUCGAUCACUACCAUGUCGCAAUGAGAUGCCUUCUGCAUUUGAGCUAAACAGUUUCAGAUUGGAGCUAUGUGUUGCACCUCGGCCAACUUCUCUACCUCAAAUGGGCAAAGCAUUUGGUAACAUGAUUAAUAUUUAAGCGCUGAUUUUCCCGAAAACCUAUUAAUUCAGAAACUUUAUGCCUGUCAUGAAAUGCCGAAAUGAAGCCCAUAGACAAACGUUUACUUCAUCAUAAAUAGCGUUUAUGAAUUGUUCAAACGUAAAUUAUAUAAAAACGACAGCAUUUAUUCGUAAUUUUAGUUCGCAUUUCAUUUAAUUGUAAAAUAUUUCAUUUAGAUUUUCAUAUAUUUUUCGUAAAUUGGCUUAGUUAAUUACCAAAAAAUUACGAAAUUUGUCAAGCUAGUUAAUAUUUCGUGGUUUCGUCACAAUUAUUCUAUUAAUCUUUGAGAGCUACUUUCAUGAUCUUUAGAGCUUUUAAUUAGAUUAUCAUAUCAUAUAUUUGAAUUAGAUUUUUAUAACUUUUAAAUAUAUAGUAGCAGUUAGCUAUAUUAACGUGAUAGACUUUCAAAUAUUUGAAGGUUUUAUGUACGUUUUAUUUACAUGUAUUAUUUAUAUGCAUAACACAAGCAUAGACACGAGAUACUAAUAAUACCUUCUAUAAAAUUACUGAUAAUAUUCAUUGCUUUUAUAUACCCACUUAUUUUAUUCUAGAAUCCGGUACUGCGAUCCAAUUGCCAACACAAUCAAUGCAGAUAAUUAAUUGGGAUCAUAAUUAAAGCGCGAAAUUUAUUUAACUUAAAUACCUAGGAGUAUUUUAAUGAUUUGUAUUUUGUAUUCAAUCUACAUCAUAUUAAAGCAGUAUUUUGUGAUAAUUAAUUAGUAUUAAAUUAUAUAUCAGCUAACGUAAUUAUAUAUUUAGAGUGUUUAGCAAUUAUAUGCCCUGCGUAGAUGAUGGACUGUUCGUUACAUUUAGCGUAGAUUUAGAUAAAUUUAAUCCUGAAUUAAUUAAAACGUAGUAUUUUUACGUAAAGAAUAAAGUCCUAGGAUACAAUUUAUAUGACAAUGACGUUUCGUUAUUAAAUGCUGAAAUUAAAUAAAUGAUCACUUUGGAAAUUAAAUAUUUUAAUCCGUGUAUUUAGGGAUAGAUUCUAUAGAGGACAGACAGAAAUUAUGAUCUACUUUUAAAUAAGUAACAACAAUAAAAUAAUAAAUUAUUAAUAUCGUUGAAAAUAAACGCUGCCUUGUAAAUUAAAACUGAAACUGUAGCUAUCUGUUUACUACGAGUAAACCAAAUAAAGUAAAAGUUAAUAAAGCAGCAGUGAAUUAAGUAUUAAUUAUUUCUCCUGGCUGUUAAAGUGUGCAAUGCAUUAUUAAUUAUUUUACAGUUGAAAUUAAAUUGGAGUAUUUUUAUUACAGUUAAAACAGCGUUUUAUAAAGUAAC